UCCACCCCUCCCUUGUUUGCCGCAGGUGUCCCUGCAAUUCCAAGCUGGAGACUCUUUCUACCACAAUUGCGGGGGAAGCCUCAUCCACCCCAACUGGGUAAUGACCGCCGGGCACUGCAUCCAUCCACAGAUCCGCUACAGGGUUGUCCUGGGUGAAUAUAACCUGGCCAAGUUGGGAAGCCCGGGACAGCAGAUUUUGAUCAACCCCGAGGACAUUGUCGUGCACCCCAGCUGGAACUUCACCUGCAUCGAAUGCGGGAACGACAUCGCCCUGAUCAAACUCUCCCGCCCGGCCGUUCUCAACGACAAGGUGCAGCCAGCGUGCCUCCCCCCACGAGGAGAGGUGCUGCCCAACCAUCAACCCUGCUACGUCACUGGCUGGGGCAUGAUCUACA